AUGACAACAACAUUAAUUAUUGAACGUAUGAAUAAUUAUAGUUGUUCAUUUCCAUUUCAAGAAGCACAAUCGACACACAAAAAGUCUUAUUAUGAAUUUUAUCAACUUAAAUUACGACAAUUAUUAACACAAAAUCGAUGUCGUCAAGAACAAUAUGCUAAACAUUCCAAACAAAAUCAAAUAAAAACUCAAUUAAAUCAUAAACUAUUACAUAGAGAAUAUAUGAAUUAUAUACGACAAACAAUGAAAAUACCAUUACAUAAUGAUAAUUAUAGAAAAAAAUCUACUAAUAUUUUAUCAAUUGCUAAUCAACGUAACAAUAAUUCUGUUUCAGUUAUUAUUACAACAACGAAUAUUUCAACAACAAAUACAAUUAUAUCAACAGAAUCUAGACCAAAAUCUAUUUUAAAAACAAAACAAUCUUUACCAUCAUUGAAAUCUCAACGUGUAUUAAGUGCUCCAACGAAUAAUCAAAAAAAUCUUCGUAAAAAAGUAAUUAUAAAACUUCCAAAAAUUGCAGUCAAUUAUGCUGCUGAUUAUUAUAAUGAUGAUGAUGAUGAUAAUUUAUCAAAAUCUAAUGCUUAUUCAUAUACACAAGUAUCAUCAUCAUCUCAAAAUGAGACUCAUAACAAUUAUCAACGUGCUCGACAGUCAACACUUAAUACCAUAAUGUUACAUCUUAAUUCAAAUGCACCAUCGGAUAUAUCAAAAUGGAAUUUAUAUCGUGAUUUUGAUGAUAAAUUUUCAGCUAGUAUAUCUCCAAUAGUUUAUCGAGAUUUUGAACGUAUUAUUCUUUGA